UGUCAGCAAAAAAUAAUAAAACAAUAAAAAACGCUUAAUUAAAACAUGUAAAGUUAAUUGCAAAUGGCGCUUAGCAAUGUGGUCACUUAAAAUGUGCAUAAAUCAACACAGAAAUUGCAUUUAAUUUCGUUUUAAAAAAAAAAAAAAAACAAAUUGUGCGGCACAAAAAAAAAAACAAUUAGAACCGAAGCGAAGCGUUUCAAUUAAAGCAAUGUCAUCCAAUUGAAAUGCCAGUGCAGUGACAAAUGAAAUGAAAUUAAAGCGCUGAUAAAUUGAAUCAGAAAUGCAAAACAAUUGACAGCAAAAAUAAAGGGGAAAAACCAUAGCAUCAACAACAACAAAAUGCCGGCAUCAAGUGGAUUAUAUCGUAUACAUCGCAUCAAGCACGGCCGUGUCCUUGACAGGCUGCAAAAACCCACGGCACUUAUUUUUAUUAUAGCCUAUAUUGCGGCAUGCGGCAUUUGCGACCACACAGCGACGGCCUCAUCAUCGGCAGCCGAGGCAGGAGCAGGAGGAAAAACAGAAGCCUCCACGAUGACGACGCCGGAUAGCGAGCCAUCAGUGCGGCAUAUAAAUCAAAAUUUAAUUAUGUCACAGCCGAAGGAGUCGGAGUCGGGCGAGCCGGUGCCCGUGCCACAGCCGUACGCCCAAAGUGCCGCCACCGGCGGGGGCAGCAGCAUCACCAGCUUCGACUCGACCAACGUGAUCGAUGGCCAGAGCCAAAGCCAAAGCCAAAGCCAGAGCCAGCCGUCGCCCACUCACCUGCAGGAACCGGUGCUCCAGACGCACUCCCACUCCCGGAUCCAGGCCAAAGAUACGGCCGGACCCUAUCCCAUCCCGAUCCAUCGGCCGGAGCCCGUGGAGAACCAUCUGGAGGCCACCAACGGCAUCGAGGGCGGCAUGGAGAGCCUCUUCGGCACGCCCAUGUACUUCGGCACCGAGAACUCGACGGUGGUGACCACCCAGAUCGGGGCCACCGCCCACGUUCCCUGCACCGUCCACCACAUCGGCGAGGGGGUGGUAUCGUGGAUACGCAAAAAGGAUUAUCAUCUGCUUACGGUCGGCUUAACAACGUACAGCAGCGAUGAGCGGUUCAGUGCCACGCACUUGAAGCAUUCCGAGGACUGGACACUGCAAAUCAAAUUCGUGCAGCUACGUGAUGCCGGCGUCUACGAGUGCCAGGUGUCCACUCACCCGCCCACCUCGAUUUUCCUGCACCUGAGUGUCGUCGAAGCCCGCGCCGAGAUCACGGGUCCCCCGAUUCGAUAUCUAACACCGGGCUCAACGCUGCGCCUGCAAUGCCGCGUGGUGCAGAACACCGAGGCCUCCGAGUAUAUAUUCUGGUAUCACGACAACCGCAUGAUUAACUACGACAUUGAUCGGGGCAUUAAUGUGUCAACGGAGCCAGACUUUCAAUCAUCGGAGCUUACCAUUCAGCGGACACGACGCGAGCAUUCGGGAAAUUUCACCUGCGUCGCCAGCAACACGCAACCAGCCAGCGUUCUGGUGCACAUCUUCAAAGGCGACAAUCCGGCUGCCAUGUAUCACGGCCAUGUGGGCGGCUCCACGAAGACAAUGCAGUCCCAGCUGCAUAUGAUUAUGAUAAUCAUUGCCAGCGGCUAUCGGAUAUUCCACACGAGCAUAUACAUGAAGAUCGUGUAGAUGGCCCAAGGAGUUCCCAAAGGGAAUCAUUACCAGCCGGAGAAGGUCGAUCUGCCCGGGAUCUGCUUAGUUAUGGAGCCCGAACCCCCUAAACCAACAUUAGUUACUUCUCUACUACUUGCUAGCAGCAUCCCUCGACAUACAUACGUACUACCAUACCAUACACCUAACGCCUAAGCCAAAACUAUCAGACAAGCGAAUCAAACUUAAGAACCCUAUCUCUCUCUUCUCAUAUAUAUAGCAUACAGGUGUGCAUGUAUAGUAUACAAAGAACACUCUCCUUUUAUAUGUAUGUGUGUCCGUGUGUGUUUCGUUAAUGUAUAAGUGUCAUACGUAGCCACAGGAUGCAGCUUGUGCCGCACAUGUAUUAUAUAAAGGUUAACUUUGCAGACUAUUAACAGGAAAGUAAAGAGAGAAAAUGAGAGCCAUUUCAAGGAUCCCAAAAAAUAGAGCAUUAAAUACGUAGUUUGGAUCCUGGAAAUGCCAGCGAGCUCAAUAUUAAGAACUGACGUGCAUUUCCAAUCUAGAAUUCAUAUUUUUACAAGUCCCCCGUCUACGAUUAAGAACUCAGUUUCGGCCACCCAGACACUCAAUCAUUUCGGAUCUGAUUUAUGCUGCAUUGUACAGACAACCACUUAACUGAUUAAAAUGGAUUUAGCUAAAAGGAAUUUGGUUCUACUCGAGAAACUUUCAGAAUUAAGCUGUAAAUAAAUUAUUUGUUAAACUAAAUUACAUAAAUAAACUAUUACGUUUAAGAGAGGGCAGCGGUUAUUUGCAAACGGAUGUGUGCAAACAAAUUUAGGAGUGCUGCAGAGGGUAAAGUUUAUAGAUAAGCAUUGCAACAUUUGGCAAAAGUUGUUAAUCAAAAGAGGAUAAACCAAAAACCAGAAGCGAACAGAGUAAUCAAAAUAAACUAAUUGUCUAACAUAAGGGA